CCCCCAAAGGCUACCCUCUCCUGUCUUCUCUCUCCCCUUACAGCCCCGACCCACCCCUCAUUCAUGGCACCUGCGACCCCUCCCCCUCACAGGCUACACUCCUGUCUUCUGUCUCCUCACCCACAUCCCCCCAGGCUACCCUCUCCUGUCUUCUCUUCCCUCACGGACUCAAACCCCACCGACCCCAUUCGCUGUACCCAUGCCGCCGCCAGACAACCCUCUCCUGUCUUCUCUCCCUUAACAACCCGCCCCAUUCGCUGCAUCCACGACCAUAGGCACACCACCCUUGCACGCCUAUGCUGGGCAUUUCAGGGUUGGAUUAACAGGGAGGUGACGGUGGGCCAGGUGGAAGCAAUGUGUAUGGUGCUGCCGCUUAGAUGGUGGGCAGUCAUUUAGACAGAGAUAUCGCCGGUGGCACUUCAAAUGUGGAAGCAGCUGCCAGCCAGUUGGAGCUCCUGGACCUAGCUGCUGGUCUGCGAGCUAGCCCCCGAUUGGCUGGCGGCCGGCACUACAUUUGAAGUGCCACCAGCGAUGUCUCUGUGAACUGUUGACCAAGCUCCACACAAUCCUAGCACAUCGAGGGAGUCGACUGAACGGGAGACUGGGUUAUGGGAGAGCCAUGCUCCAACACAGUUGGUCAUCAAUCUCUGCUUGGAGCUCUCCGCACUCUGCAGCCCCAAGAGAAAAAUCACAAACAACACAUCGUCCAAAUCCUGGCACUAAUAGAUUACCAGGAUACAAAUAUAUGCGCAUCACGGAACACAACUGAAGAUCUAGCUUGGCAUAGUAUUGGGCAUGAAGACAUACCAACAGUGCAAAUCCCACCUGCAUUAGUACUGCCAAAAAGGAUAUCAUGUGAGAAUCCUGGUGAACUAUUUAUUAUUCUGCCAAAUGAAAUACCAAACAAUCCAGACAUAGAGGUCGAAUUCUCUACAGAAAAUCAGCUUAUUAGGAGAAAAGCAAUCCAGUGUAAUCAACAUAUAUUAUGUCUGAAGGCUCUUGAUUUUCCUCCUGGCCCAGUCAUGGUGAAAGUCUGCUGUGGAGAAGUCAUUACAGCUACAGCACAGAUUGAAUACUUCUCAGCAACUGAAGACCUUGAAUGUCUCCUUUCAGAAAUAGUUGAUCCUAUAAAGUUUUUUUGCCAGGCAUUUAAUAUUUACACCAUGGAGGAACUUGAUAAAGUGCUGGUGAAAUCAUUGCAGGACAAGAUUUCGUCUUGUGAAAUUGAUCUUUUUCAGAUUAACCAGCAUACAAUAAACACCAGUUCAGAAGAAAUACCUACCUUACUGCAUUGUGCAGCGAAGCUUGGACUUAAAGAGGUAACGUGUUCACUAAUGCAAAGCCCAGUUGCAGAUUAUAUUUGCCAGCUCCCCAAUAAAUAUGGAGAUGAUCCAGCUGCAAUAGCUAAAAAACACGGCCACCAUGAUAUUCAAGACAUCAUCCAUCGAUUAGCGGAAAUCGGGAAAGGUAAUCAGACUGAUACACCCAGGGAACUGGUAGAGUUUGAGCAUGGAGAAGUUUAUGUGGACAUGGAUGAGUGUGCAGAUCAGCAGUCUCUAAAAGACUGGUGUGGUAAAGAACAAAAAGAAAAUCUGCACCAAAUGAGUGAAACAGAGCGAGAGGCACAUGUGUAUCCUGUAAUAAAGUGCCCAGAGAAAAAUGGUGGAACAGGAAAGCAUUCAGAGUGCCGCGUUUCUGAUGGCACAUCGGACAUGAUUGAUGACUAUUGCCUAUUAGGACCUGCUGACAAUCCCUCAGGGCCUUUUACAAAUGAUCUAUCUUAUGUCUUACAAGGUGAAGUGACAAAGACAGAUACUGAUGAGGAAUGGUGUGCUACUGCUGGCAUGUACAACUCUGAGUGCAGGAAAAGUUGGCAGGAAAACAGCUAUGAACCCAGUUCUGAGUCACAUAAUAACAACUUAUAUAUACCACUGCCAGUCCAUUCUGUAACAGGAGACCUGCCUUCACCGCAAUACGACCGAAGCAUCACUGCAAGCCCACUACCUGGAGACAAUCUGCCAAUGCAGUUAACCUGUUCUCAAGAGGAAGAGACAAGCAAGGAGAAAAUGCUGUAUGAUGCACCCUGUGAGUACCCAGAUGAAGGAAAUGAUGGGGACUAUAAUGAAGAACUAGUGACAGUCACUUCCACUGAGGAUGAUGUCUACAUAGUAUUUGAAACCAGCAGCAAAUCUCUUAUUGCACCUAACUCAGCAGCUCCAGGGGCCAUAUCAGAUCCUGCAAUAGAAAGGGGAGCAUCAUACAUCACUGAAGAGGAAAGUAAAGACCACGAUGAUGAAAAUGUGUUAUAUAAUGAACUGGACAAUCACUCAGAUGAAGGAAAAUAUAAUGAACAUGAUGAAGAGGAAUUGGUAGUCGCUGCCACUGAGGACAAUGUAUACAUAGUAUUUGAAACCAGCAUUAAAGAUAAACAAAAAGGACAAAAAGCUCCUUUUGACCAUAACUCGCCAGAUCCAGAGGACAAAUCAAAUUGUACAACAGAAAUGAAUGCAUCGUACAUGGCUCAAGCAGAGGGAAGCGAUGACUGCACUGACAGACCCUAUUUUUGGGAUGAGAUAGAUGAAGAAGACCCAUACAGCCUUACUUUUGCGGAUGAUGAUUUGUACAUAGAGUUACCCUUUGAAACUACUGACAGAGAGUCCACAAAAGGGAAGAAGUCCUUUAUUGUGCACAGAGCUCCUGCUCCGGCUCCUCGCCCACAGCAGCAGCAAGCAAGUCCAAAUAUUGAAGAGUCCAACAUCACUGGAGCAGAGGGAAGCGAUGACUGCACUGACAGACCCUAUUUUUGGGAUGAGAUAGAUGAAGAAGACCCAUACAGCCUUACUUUUGCGGAUGAUGAUUUGUACAUAGAGUUACCCCUUGAAACUACUGACAGAGAGUCCACAAAAGGGAAGAAGUCCUUUAUUGUGCACAGAGCUCCUGCUCCGGCUCCUCGCCCACAGCAGCAGCAAGCAAGUCCAAAUAUUGAAGAUUCCUACAUCACUAGAGUGUUUUGUCAGAAAGAGAAGAACAUAUACGGCACUGGUCUAUAUCAAGGACCUGAGGUUCAAGGGAGGGUUGGAAGCUUUUGGCCUGCAGGAGAAAAUACAAGCACAGUGCACGCAGCUAAACCUGAGGCUUAUGUUCCGCCUCAGCAGUGUGUGCCUAGUGGCCAAGAUGAGCUGAUAAUGCUGCAAGAACAGGUGAAAUUGGGAAUUAUCAGUAUGGAUGAAGCGCUUCAAAAAUUCCACCAGUGGCAGAAAGAAAAAAGUGGUCUAGACCUCCUUCAACAGAAAAAGCUGCAGCAGCAGCAUGAUAAUAUUAUUGGAGAUACACCAGAUGUUGAUAAAGUAUAUGGCACAGUGCACGCAGCUAAACCUGAGGCUUAUGUUCCGCCUCAGCAGUGUGUGCCUAGUGGCCAAGAUGAGCUGAUAAUGCUGCAAGAACAGGUGAAAUUGGGAAUUAUCAGUAUGGAUGAAGCGCUUCAAAAAUUCCACCAUUGGCAGAAUGAAAAAAGUGGUCUAGACCUCCUUCAACAGAAAAAGCUGCAGCAGCUGCGUGAUAAUAUUAUUGGAGAUAAACCAGACGAUGAUAAAGUAUACGAUAAAAUCACCAUUGUUCAUCAACCGAAAGAAACACAGAUUUCAGCGUUCAAUGCAAAACACAGAGGCACUGCGAUGUUUGACAGCAGCAUCUACCAAAAGCCACAUAAGCCUACACAUCACUCUCAAUAUCCAUUGAAAAGAGAUAAUAGAACAUCUGAGAAAUCGCCAUUUUCAAAGUAAUGGUUUGGACUGACAAAACUUAGAUGAUCUUCUGAAGGAUCUGAUGAUGGAUCCGGUAUAAUAUACCGGCAGACGGGAUGCCAACGCUCUGCAGUGCAAAAAAAAGGAUUUGCUUUCUAAGAAGUCAUACAUACCUUCUGUCUACAUGUAAUAACAAUAUGGUUGUACUUCAUAUCACAACAUUGUCCUUUCUGGUUUUGAGGUGGGUUGCUUAUGUUAAACAGGCAUACCUCUGUGGUCAAUAUAAAAAGACAAAAUUAUAAAACAAUGCAGCAAGAACUGGAGAGGUU